CUAGAUUCACUUCUAAAACAGACUAGACUUCAAUGGUUGGGUCUCAAAUAAUAUAAAUCCCCGGGUUCCCCCUGAUAAUUCGUUUAAGAUGAGUCGUGAGGGUGCACUAUGGAUCGGAGGAGUGGAAGAAUACAUGGACGAAGCGUUCCUAAUGAACGCGAUGAAACAGAGCGGAGAGGACAACGUGAUCUCCGUGAAAGUGAUGAGGAAUAAGAAUAAUGGGGCCGGGUAUGGGUUCAUUAACUUUCCUAACGAUCAAAUGGCGUUAACGGCAAUGCAUCGCCUCAACGGUAAAAUGAUUCCUAACUCCCGACCGCCGGCGCGGUAUAAAUUAAAUCAUGGUUCAAACCGAAACCUUCCUGGAGAAAAAAAUCACUCUAUUUGGGUUGGCGAUCUCUCGACGGAGAUCGACGAUCUUCUUCUCUACAAGUUUUUCUCAGCACGCUUCCAAUCUGUUGUAUCCGCCAAAAUUAUAUUAGACGAGAAUGGAGGCAGUAAAGGAUUCGGUUUUAUCCGGUUUGGAAAUGAAACUGAACAGCUGGCAGCAUUAACCUCUAUGCAGGGAAUAUCUGGCCUGGGAGAAAAACCUAUUAAAGUUUCCAUCGCUGUACAGAAGGCGAAGGAUCCCUCCGCCCAAGGUAUGCAGUAUCCACCUAGCGGUGGACAGUACGGCGGAACUCUUGGUAUGGGCGGAGAGUAUGGGGCUAAUUACAACCAAUAUAAUCACUACUGGAGCAACAUGGCGGCAUGGCAGCAGUAUCAAAACUACUAUCAGCAGUACCCAGACCAGGGAGAAGUACCGGUCAACCCUCCUCUUCCUUCGGGUCCGUCCCAACCUGAUAACCAGAAUCAUGUUGGUGAAGAUGAACCUGUGAGUAUACUUGAAGGUCCUCUAGACCAACCUGUAGAGCACAGUGUAUCUCUUGAUAUUCAUAAACUAAAUAGUGACGUUUUACGAAGGGGUGGAGAUAUUUGGGAAGAAAUAGAGAACUCAGGAUGGUGGAGUAGAGACUAGUUCAACACCUGUACAGUACAUGCUGUACAUGAUGGAUUGUAUACUCAAGCUGUACACUUACUAACUGUAUAUGAUGUAUUCUAAAGCUGUACACUUACUAACUGUACAUGAUGUACAUGUACUUCUCAAGCUGUACAAUGAACAUGAUAUACUUCUUCCUACUUUACCCAGAUUAUUGUACUUCGUUAACUUCAAGGAUGAAACAAUUACAAUUCUACGGAAAUAAAACUGUUAAUUUUUGAUAUUUCAAAGGUUGUAAUUUUUACCCUUCGGAAUCUAAUUUUAUUUUUUUAUCUCAUUUAUUCUCUGCAUCACUCAAACAAUACAUCCAGUAUUUAGAAUUAUGAAUCUACAAAUAAAAAAUAUCUCCGA